CAGUUUACAAAAGUUUAGAGUACAAAAAUCUAACCAUGAAGUUCGUCGGGUUAUUCCUUUUGACUUUCUGUUGUCUUGUUCUUGAUGUUCAGUCUUUUCUAUGGAACUCUGGAGGUUCGUUUGCGACUCGUUACCCUACAAACCCGCCCACGACAACCCCGGUACCGUGUGUGUAUCAGCGAUGGGGAAAAUGCUCUGUAGGAUCGAACUCUGUCCGAACUCGCCAACCUGUAACACGGACAUCUUCCUGCCGACCCCAAACAGAACGGUGUAGCGCAGGAGCAUCGUUGGCAUCAGGUUUAGUCAACAGCUUUGUCCUUGUAGAACCAGCUGUCCCAGAGAACAACAAUUCCGUGUCUCGGACAAAGCGCCAAGCACCCUCAUGGCCACCUGCUCUAAAACAACGAGACAUCUUGUUUUUGCUGGAUGAAAGCGGUAGCCUAGGACAAGCGCCAUUCAACAAUGUCGUUAAAAGAAUCGCAGCGGGAAUGGUGAGCGUGCUGUGCGGUCCCAUUAAAAUUGGUCCGGACAAUACUCGAGUGGCCGUUACUUCUUUUGAUCGGACAAUACACGAUCAUAUAGGAUUUGGUGAUUACACAAAUAACGUUACACUUGUCAAUGCAAUAAGAUCGAUCAGUUACACUGAAGGAACAUCGGGAAGAACAUGUUUGUUGGACGCCUUAGAACAUGUUCGUGACGUAAUCAUUGCGCCAUCAAGCGGUGGCAGACCAGACGAUAAAAACGUCAAACAGGAGAUUUUCAUUAUAACUGAUGGGUGUGGGAAUUGCCCUCGUGACCGACAAGCUGGUGCCAUGCAAAAUCUAAUGCAGUCGCUAGUUAUAAAUGACAUUGACGUUUACGUGGUGGCUAUUAGGCUCGGACGGGGUGCAUGUCAACAGAAACUAGCGCAACUAGCAAAAGGAGGAAGAUGCAACCAUUUCUUUUUCGUUCCUCAUGUUAACGAGAAUGACUUUAUUGCGGGGUUGGAAAUGAACUACUGUAGCCAACAGUGGCUUUAUAACCCCGCCAAUGUACAAGCAUGUGCUUAAGAUAACUAGACACAAACUUUUGACACCAAAACAGAAAAAUAUUUGGUACAGAAACAAAUAAAAUUUCUCUUUAAGAAA